AUGAAGGGAAUCAUACUUGCUCUUGUGCUCACCCUAGCGGAAGUCAAGUGUCCUGUUGGAAAGACGCUCUUGUACAAGUAUGUAGGUGAGGCACACUCUGGACUGCAAGAUGAAGCGACGCCACGAACUGGGCUGAGAAUGCACUUCGACCUGAAGAUCUCUGCACUGUCCAACGGAAGAUGCAGGCUCACGCUUUCAAAUGCAAAAAUGGAAGACUACCUAGUGGACUCGUUUGUUCAUUCUCCCAAGCAAACCCAGGAACUUAAGCAUUGCUGCAAUCACCCCAUUGACUAUGAUCAAAAUGUUGGUCGUGGUGGGAAACUUUUUUUCCAAAGAAGUACCCCUGAAGUUUGUAGGAACAUUGGCAGAGGAAUCGUGGAUGGGAUGAUUGUAACAUACAAAGAGCAAACCAUGUAUCAAGCACAAGAGAGUGGUAUAGAAGGUGACUGUGAUACUCAGUACACUCACCUAGAAGACAUGGGCAACAAUAAGGUCACCAUUACUAAGAUUAAGAACUUGAUGAAUUGUGAGAAGAAAGUAGAACAGAACAUUGGAAUGGCCUAUAUCCGUUCUCUUCCAUCCUGCCCACUGAAAGACAAAUUGCUUGCAGGAACUCAGAUAUCUACCUACAAAGCAAAAUUUGAAGAUGAUACUAUUCUGAUCACUGAGAGUGAAAUCAAUCAACUAUACAAAGUUUCUCCAGACAAUGAAGUUGAGAGUUCUGGAUUUCUGAAAGCCAAAAAACUGUUUACUCUGACUGGGGUGAAAACUGAAAGCCAGCAGCAGCAGCAGCAGCAGAAGCAGAAGCAGAAGCAGCAGCAGCAGCAGCAGCAGCAGCAGCAACAAGAACAACAUGCUCAAGAUCAAGACGAAGAAGAUAUAUAUUACAAAUUUUCAGAUCAACCCCAGAUGGCACUUCAUAUGGUUGAGACUGACAACAUUCCACAACAGAUUAUGGCAGUAGUGCAAGAAUUAGUCCGGAGCGACCCAGCAGGCAGCGAUGCAGACUCUGCCAAAAAGUACCUAAAGGCUGUUGAACUGGUCCGUAGAGGAGAUCUUAAUGACCUGACCACUGUCUUUAAGAGGGUUAAAGAUGAGCCUCGUCUCAGGCUUAUCCUGUUGCAUGUACUUGCUAUGUCUGGCAGCAUUAAUUCACUGGAGCUCCUCAAAACUGCAGUCCAUGACAACCAACUGAACUAUUUUGAACUACUUUUGAUUAUUCCCGAAACUCUCCACUUUGCAAACCCUACUGAACGUGCAGCUUCAUUGGCAGCAGAAAUAAUCACCAGCCCCCAAAUCAGGAAUGAACACUGGCUUUCCAUGACAAAUGUCCUGGCAUAUGGAGCUCUGGCUUUCAGAUGUCUUUCUCAGUCUCCAUCUAUUUCCAAUGAAAUUCUCAAGCCUCUCCAUGACCGCUUAGCUGAGGCGAUCGAAAGGGAAGAUGAGCAAGAUAUAACAUUAUGCCUGAAGGCCCUUUCCAAUGCAGCUCACAUAAAAAGCAUGAAGCUCCUCAUGAGAAUCCUAUUUGCACAUAACAAAUAUUCAGAUGAAAUUCUAGUGGAUGCUGUUUUGGCCGUAAGACAGGUAGCCAGGAUGGACCCUCAGAAGGGGCAAGAGGUUCUCAUUGUACCCUAUAUGGACUCUUCAUAUCCUCCUGUGGUUCGAAUGAUGGCUUGCAUCAACCUUUUUGAACUUAAUCCUUCUCUCCCUCUGAUAACAGCAAUGGCCAAUGUGGCUGCCAAUGAUGAUAAUCUGCGGUUCCGUAAAUUUGUAACCUCUCACAUAAGUGAGUGUGCUGGCCUCAGAGUCCCACAAUAUGCUGAAGUGUCUGCUGCCUGCAAGGUUGCCCUUAAAGUUCUGAAGGUCCCAUCUUUCAACACACACAUUCGUUACAGCGGUGUAAGAAUAUGGAAGAUCUCUGACAGACAGGACAGAUUUGUGCUUCUUCAAAAAAUGUUCACAAUGAACAGUCCCCAAAAUCCACUUCUCUCAGAUGCAAUGUUAACCACACAGCUACUCUUUCCAGGAGGAACUACUAAUCUGUUUGAGGCUCGUGUACAUAGUGAUGUCCUCAAAGAAAUUCUCAAGGACGAAAGCCAAAGAGAAUUUGAUCAGAAGAUAAGUCAGACUGAACAAGAGGUGCCAGAAGCAUAUCCUGAAAGCCAAGGACAAUCUUUAAGUUUCAGUAUGUUUGACAAACAAAUUGCCUAUUUUGUGAAACCCAUGAAGGAAAAUCUGAAGAAUAUGAACAACCAAGAUAAAUAUGUUAAACAGAUAAAGAAAUCCCUUGAAAACCUCAAAAAAGGCAUUUCAGUACAAGCCUACCAACCUGCGGCAUUAGUAGAGCUUCGACACAGGUUUCCUUCCCCACUUGGUGUGGCAUGGGAAAUAAGUGGCACUGUCAUGCUCUGCGCACAUAUUUCAGCAAAUGUGCGCCUAGAGUUAUCUAUUGCUCUGGGUACCAAUUUCCAGCUAACUCAACUGAAUGAAGCUAAACUGAAACUUCUGGCUGACCUUAACAUUGUAGUCAAUGGUUAUGGUGCAAUAAGUAUGGGACUGGUCACAAAUGACUGGCAAAGAACUCUGGAAAUUAGCGGCGAAGUCCAUCUACAUGUCCCACUGAAAGUAACCAUUACAGCAGACUUGAAAGAUAAGAACUACAAGAUUGAAUUCCCUCCAGUCUGCAAGAAGACUACUCUGGUGACAGCAAAACAAAACGCUCACUUGGUAGUCAGAAAUUCAGCAGAGCCCAAAGUCGAGAAGAGGAUCCCACUUCUUCCAGAUGAAAGUGAGGCUGAUCUCUUGGAUGAACAUUUCCAGUCAGUAGAAAGAGAUUCAAGAGAAGACAACGUGGCACAAAAGGUUGCUUCCAAGAAAAAACUCAAGAAAUCUACAGUAAUAGUAGAACAAUCAGAAAAGCGUGUUAUAUACAAGCCUUUGCCAGAUGUGGACCUGACGUUGCAAGUCAUCAGGAAAGCAAGAAAAAUUGCACUGUUAACAGAAACAAUGAAAUGGAUAACUGCAGAACAUGAAUUUAUAAUGGAAAUUUUACCAGGCUCUACGUGUGUUGAAGCUCAGAUGGUGGAAUUGGAGGUUCUUCUAGGUUCCAAAAUCCCCCACAAAGUAAUCAAGCUGGCACGCCGAGAGGAUAGUAGAGUUUCUGAAGAUGAUGAUGCUGAAGCUGAAGAAUCCUUUGGAACAUUAAAGGGUCAAAGCAAAACUGAGAAGAAGGUGCCAUCUGUCAACAAACAAAAGCUCCGUGCUACUGUGUUCCCAACUACUGCCUCCUCUUCCUCCUCUGGCUCUGCCUCUUCAUCCUCCAGUUCUUCCUCCUCUGCCUCCCCCUCCUCUUCUCCUUCCUCCUCCUCCUCUUCUUCUUAUAAGAAAAAAGGAAGGAGAGAAGAAAGCAGCAGGUCGUCCAUCAAAGGACCCUUCCCAGCGGAAGGACAAAAACAGCUUUUCUAG